AUGGGCCGGGGUGUGGGUGUCUCCAUAUCCACGGGUGAUUGCGAGUCUUGUGGUGGAGGAGGGAGAGGAGCAGCGGGAGGAGGAGGCGAGGCAAGGAAAAAGAGGAGCUGCCGAAGGCGAAGGCGGGAGGCUGCGGAGGACAUACCUCAAGGAGACGACGAGGAGGAGACGUGUUGGCAGCUCGGUGGAGACACGGAGGGACGGCAAAGGAAGGAGCGACUGAAUCACACGACGGGGAAGGAGCAACGAGCAAGGAGCAAGGAGCGAGAGAGGGCAGGAGAGACGGGCGUUGAAGGCAGGAGAGGGCAGGACCAGGUACCGGGCCAAACAGGUACCUCGGCCAGAUGCGAAACGCGGCGAGAGCGGCAUGUACAGCAACGUACUCUGCACUUUGAUCGAGGAUCAAGGUAA